UCCAGUCCCGUGGAUGGGCAGUAGCCUGGCGCUCCCUGCCCCCCUCCCCAUCCUCGUGUGUGUUUUGCCUCGUUGCUCGGCCGGGGACGGACGCGUCCCUCCUGCGGGCUCUCCUCAGCUCGGACCCCGGGGGCCGAAGCCAAGUGGCGAGUUCCCGCGAGCUCCGGGGCCAGGAAACUACAGCUCCCAGCAGCUCCUGCUCCGGCUCCGGCUGGGGGCCGAGCCCGGCCGAGUUGGGGGAAAGCAUUCCUGGAAUUCGCUUCCUGUCGAGUCCUGCCCGAGGCCGAGCCGCGGGAUGGCGGGGCCGCAGCGGGCGGAGGGCGGCGAGCGACCCCCGGGCCCCGGGGGCAGCCUGGCAGCGUGAGGAGCCCCCCAGGCUCGCGCGCCCCGGCCGGGCCAUGGCCGAGCUCCUGCUUCGGAGAACGUUCUCCCGGCUGAGGGGCAAAGAGAAGCUCCCCAGGAAGAAGGAGCGAGAUGGGACAGAACACCACACCCAGAAGAGUGCCCCUCCAGGAUGCUGGACUCUCCCAUGGAGCUGGAGCCAGGCCCUGGGCCAGAGCCAGCGUCUCAUGACCUCGAUGGGAGCUGUCGGAGAGGGGCAGCCAUCACCGUGUCCAGGAAGCAGAGCUGGGCCAGGUUCUCCUGUGGCAUCCGGGACGUGCCAUGUAGCUCUUACAGCAGGAAGGUGUCUGCCAGCCCCACGGCCUCGGCAGAGCUGCAGGAUGAGGGUGAAGGGGUAGGGCCAGUUGCCUGUGGGCGAGAGACUGACGGGGACCCCCAGUGCCCUCUGCGACCCCAGGAGCUGUUCUCCCCCACCCACACAGAGGAGCCAGCCAUUAAGGAUGAGGCCUGGCUUGUGGAGAGCCCCCCAGCCCCAGCGCCCCCCACCCCUCAGCCUGGCCUGGCCCUAGCGACCCCUGCCCCUCAGCCCGGCCUGGCCCCUGGUGAUGAGGAAGCUGAGUCGAUGUGCAGGUAUGUGGAGCUUUGCAGUGCUGUGAGGUCUGCCAGUCAUGGCGCCUACUUGCAGAACCUGGAGAGGAGCAGCCGCCACUGGAUCCUCUCCUCGGGCAAGGCCCAGAUCCUGGAGGAGUUGGCCCCCAGCGCCAGUACAGAGUUGAAGGAGGUGGGCGCCAUGGGCAGCGAAGGGGAGAUCUGGUACAACCCCAUCCCUGAAGAUGAGGACGUUGUGGGUGCCAGGCAAGGCACCGAGCCUGGCAGCUCCUGGAGGAAGUGGGGCAGUGGCACAGGGAGCCGGGAAUCUGACAGGGACAAGGCCAGGCCCAGCAGGGCAGAGCCAGGUGAUGAAGGGCCCCCCAGGAGCAUCGCCAGGCAAGUGGAGAGCCCCAGCUCACAGAAUACAUCUACCCCAGCUGGGCCAGUGGGCCGAGGCGAGGAGAUGGGUGCCAGCAGGACACAGGACUAUGGGAAGUUGCCGAUUUCAUGUGUGAGCGUGGCUGUGGGGUUGGCUGGCCCAUCCCCGCCGCUGAGCCCCAGCGUCUCCAAGAAGGGGCGCUCCCUGGGCAGGGUGAAGUCCCCGGGCACCGUGCGCCGCCUUUCCCUGAAGAUGAAGAAGCUGCCUGAGCUGAGGAGGAAGCUGAGCCUGCGUAGUGCCCGGCCCCGGGGGCAGGAGCCCGAGGGCAGUGGCGGCACCUCACCCCAGGAGGCCCUCAAGGAGCCGGGGAAUGUCAUCAGCCGCUACCACCUGGACAGCAGCGUGGCAUCCCAGCAGGGCCCACACCGUGCCAAGGCAGCCAGCAAGGGCGGCUACCUGAGUGAUGGUGACUCCCCUGAGCUGCUGGCCAAAGCGGACAAGCGUGCCUGUCCCGGGCCAGAGGGGCAUGAGCCUGGGGGCAGCUUGGACGUGGAUGCCUUCCAGCCCUACAGCUCCUUGGAACAGCCGCGCUGUGUGCAGCCCAUCUCAGGCCUAGUCAGUGUCCACCUGCACGGUGUGGGGGACCUUAAGCCCCCAAAGGCUGAGUCCAGGGAGGUGUUCUGCGUCCUGCAGGUGGACGCAGCCCCCAAGGCGCGCACGGCCCUGCUGCCCUGGACAGCCGCCUUCCUCAGCCUCAACCACACCUUCAACUUGGAACUGGAGGGCGCCCGACACCUCAAGGUCAUUGUCUUCUCUUGGGAUCUGGCUACCUGCCGGAACCGUGUGUGCUGCCAUGGCACCAUUGUCUUGCCCUUCGUCUUCAGAGGGUGCAGGGCCCAGCAGCUGGCAGUGCGGCUGGAGCCGCGCGGGCUGCUUUACUGCAAGCUGACGUUGGUGGAGCAGUGGGACAUGCCCAGCAGCCCCAGUGACCGGGAGCCCCGGGUCUUUGGCGUGGAGCUGCGUCACUUGGUGGAAAGGGAGAACACUGCCACCAAGGUGCCGCUGCUGAUCCAGAAAUGCGUCUCCCAGAUCGAGAAGCGGGGACUGAAGAUUGUAGGGCUUUACCGGCUGUGCGGCUCGGCAGCUGUGAAGAAGGAACUGCGUGAUGCCUUCGAGAGGGACAGUGCAGCUGUGACGCUCUCUGAACAGCUGUACCCAGACAUCAACGUCAUCACAGGGAUCCUGAAGGACUAUCUGCGGGAGCUGCCCACGCCCCUCAUCACCAAGACCCUUUACCAGGUGGUGUUGGAGGCCAUGGCCCAGCGAUCGCCCCAAGACAUGCUUAGCAGGCAGAAUGCAAAGGAGACGAUCGCUCUGCUGGACUGCCUGCCGGAGAUUGAGAAGGCUACGCUGACCGUGCUGCUGGACCAUCUCAGCUUGGUGUCCUCCUUCCACGACUUUAACCGCAUGAACUCCCAGAACAUUGCCGUAUGCUUCGGGCCAGUGUUGCUCAACCAGAAUCAGGAGCCGUGGCGCCAGAGGGCCCGCAGCUACGCCCACUGCGAGGAGAUCUCCAGUGCUGUUGACUUCAAGAGGCACAUUGAGGUGCUGCACUAUCUGCUGCAGGCCUGGCCUGCCCCCUCCAGGAAAGGGUGUGGCGUGGAGGGCCGGGAAAGGGCCCAGUCCACCUGCCUGCGGCAGAGGCGCUGUCCUACACUGCGGCUGGACCUGCUGGAGAGCGAGGUGGUGGCUCGUCACCGGCCCCGUGGCCUGGAGAGCCCCCCCACCAACCGCUACGCUGGGGAGUGGAGUGUGUGCAGCCAGGAGUACGGGCUGGUGGCCGGGCCGGGGCACGAGGUCAACUACGCCGAGGUGGCCGGCAGCGAGAAUGAAGUGCUGGACCUGCGGGAGGGGCUGGGCGGCCCCAGCCAGACGGUCUUCGUGGGGGACUUUGCCCUGGUUGACGACCCUGAUGCGCCCUUCAGCCCCCGCCUGAACCUGAAGGACUUCGAUGCCCUCAUCUUGGACCUGGAGCGAGAGCUCUCCAAGCAGAUCAACGUGUGCCUGUGAGUGGCCUGGCUGCUCCACCACAGUGCCUGACUCCCCCUGCCCUUAUGCUCCCUGGAACCAUCCACAUCCCCUGCCGGGCUUCAGUGUCACCAAAACACGAGCCAGGUGGUGGGAGCUGGGCACAGCCUGGGGCCAUGACACCAGCAGGGGAGGUGCCAGGCACCAGAUGGUGGGGCUUCAGCUAAAGAAUUUUAGGCUCCACGCUCAGGCGCCUGGCCCAGCCCUGUAGCAGGCAAUGACUCAUGCCGUCAGCCUUAAUCCAGCAACCUGUCCAGGAGCAGGGGCCCUGAGCAGCAGGUACAGCGUACAGAAGGUGUUCUCAUGCUCUCUCGUGGGCUCCAGCACACUCUGCCCUCGGGGCUUGGAGCUCUGGAGAGACCAACACAGUGCACGCCUGGGUGUGGCCGCCGAGCUCCCAGGGGCGCACACCCAGGUGUGGCCGCCAAGCUCCCAGUAUUAAUAGGAACUCAGAGAUUAAGCCAAAGCCAUUUGGAGAGUGACCAAAUAUGUGUAGCACUUGGCUCUCGCAGCUUUUUGAUUUGCACAGCAUGGAUGGGGGCUUGGAGACACCAGGGCAGUGCUCCACCAGGCCAGUGUGUGGCAGCUCACUGAGGUUGGGGCUCUGGGGCUGGAGUAUGGAUGAGGGGCUGAGCCAGCCAGGGGGCUGCACUCAGGGUCACUCACUGCUGCAGUGUUUGUCACUCUCAGCCUACCGUGGGUGACAUAGUAGCUCUGUCUGGCUACAGGGCAGCAUCACAGUCCUGUGUGACGGGCUGGGAGGAGCCUGGAUCCUGGCGUUCCCUUGGCCUGGCUCUCUGCCCUGGGGCAAUACCAUGUGAAGGGAGCGCACAGGGCAGGGGGAGCGGCUCCCUCCUGAGCCUUCUCCUUGCCUCUGCAUUUCAGAAGCCAAAGAAUCAGCCUGUGAGCCUGAGCCUGUCCCCUGGCUGGGCUGGAGCAGAAGUUUGUGGGCACCGCUUGUGUGACCCUGGCAGGGGGCUUUCCAGGCCGUAGCAGCUGUGCCAAUAUGGUGCUUCACGCAGGCUAGUCAGGAAGGCAGCGCCAGGCCCUGGGCAUGGCACGGGGGGCGGGUCAGGACCACCAUGUACCUAUCCCUCCCAUGGCAUGUAUUUCUGGUCAGCAGGGAGCCUCCACGGGGUAACAGCCCUCCCAGCCCCCAAGGGUGGUGAGUUUUGAUGCCCCUUCUAGCAUCCCAGGUGGAGCCUUCCUUGCAGGUGGGAGUUUGACUUGGGUCUCAGGAAGAUGGGUGUCAGGGCUGCCCCGGGGCUCUAGCUGCAGUGGGCUCAGUCUGGUCUGCUGUGGGACUGGCCUCGCAGUCAGUGUUUUGCUACUAAGUGUCACUUGGGUGGGGGGCAGCCUUGGGCCAGGAGAGAGCCAGGGCUAAGGCCUGUUCCUGGCCUCCCACCAUCCCAGGCGAGGCGUCCCCCCUGCAUAGUGUUAGAAUAUCAGUAAGGGUCCCUGACGUCCAUCAUGUGGGCUCUGCUCCGGGGCUGCUUCACACAGAAGCCACAAUCCACUGCACCCUGCCCGGGAGGAGGAGGGGCUGUGCCAGGCAUGGCACCUCACUCUCCGCUUGCCAUGGCAUUAGUUAGUAUCUUGAUGCCAUGUUUACAUCCUCCCCCAACCUGACAAUACUCCAGGCUCCCCCAGCCUGGCUGCUGCCUCCAAUCCUACUCGGCUGCAGCUCUUGGUGGAACAGGGAGGGGAGACUAGGUGACCAGAUGUCCUGAUGUUAUAGGGACAGUCCCGAUUUUUGGGUCUUUUACUUAUAUAGUCUCCCAUUACCCCCCCACUCCCUGUCCCGAUUUUUCACAUUUGCUGUCUGGUCACGCUAGGGGAGAAUGGGCUGCAGCCCUGGGAUCCCAUGGCAUGUGGACAGACCAGCAUGAGCAAGCGAUUGGGGCCUGGAGUUCAUUGUGACUGCUUCUCAUGGGCAUCUUUGGUCUCCCAGUCUCUGCCCCACCCUGGAGCCGGCUGCCACUGAGAAUCCAGGGCCUGGGGUUGGCUGCCAAGCCCCCAGCCUGGGCUUUCCCUGCGCCUGCUGUUCAGGCCAGGCCUGGCAGGGAGGCCUCCCAUGCACUCUCGACCGAGCAGCAGCAGGCACAGCCCUGGAUGUGAUCUGGAGGCCCCAGCUCACUGGCUGUCACCUCCACCUUCUGCAUUACAGAGUAGGGGAAGCUACUGCACAGGCUACACCAAGGCCCCUGGCUUCCGUGCAGUGCAGCCUCCUUGGAGCUCCAAGCUGGGGCCCUGCUGGGUGGGGGGUGGGGGGGGUGUAUGUGUGGUGCUCAGGGCUGGUGGGGAGCAGGAGGUGAUUCCCUAGAUGUGCCUUUCUCCAAAUGGAUCCCAUGAAAGGGCAACACAUGGGCAGUCUGGCCCCAAGCUAAGCUCAAGGCAUCAAUUGCCCUCUUGCACCCAGGCCAGCUCUGGCAUGUUCCUGGGCACUGCUGGGAUAUCCGAAGCUGCUGUGCCUUGCAGAGCCUGCACCUGCAGCGCUGAUUUCAGGGUGCCAGGCACCUGGGCACAGCUGCCUGAGGGUGCUCACUGCAGGGCCUCAUGGCAAUGCACCCAAUCCCCUCACACAACCACACUCCAGGGAGCCCAGUACUGGAGAGGCCAGCUUUAUUUAUAGUUCUUGCUUGUGUAUGUAUGGUGUAGGGGGGGUGUAUACAUGUUUGGGUGGGUGUGCAGCGUAGGGGGCGUGUGUGUGUGGUGUCAGGUGGGUGUAGUUUGUGCAUAUGUUUGCGUGUGUGUGUGUGUGUAUGUGUGUGGGAGGGCAUAGGGGUGUGGUUUGUGUGUACAUUUGAGGAGGUGGGGGAUGGACGUUUGUAUGGUGUAGGAACAUGUUUGUAUGUGGUGCGUGUGCAUGUUUGGGGGUGGUGGUUUGUGAGUGGGAUGUGUGUGUAUAUGUUUAUGUGUAGUGGGGUGUUUGUGUGUACAUCUUUGGUGGUGGGAUGUGUGUGGUGUAGGAAUGUGGUUUGUGUGUGUGUGUGUGCAUAUUCGUGAAGACUGGCUGCUCCGUGUGGGUAUUUAACGGAUGGAUUUUCACAGUGUUUAUCAAAUAUUCAGUUAUAGGGGAAAAAAGCCUAGGGAAGGGGUAAAACCAUGCAGAGGGAAGGGGUAAAACCAUGACACUUGCUCUUCCCCUCACUCCAGACUCCAAUAGAAAUUCACCCCAUCCCCUCUCAAAGCACAAGGCCCAGUACCCCCUUCUGAGCUGCUUUGGUAGGGUGUAAAAGUGCCCAGAGUUUGGGGGCGGUGGCCCUUCACCCAAUAUUAGCUUAAGGGAACCCAUGUGAAUGUGAAGGGAGGGCUGCAGUUUCUCCUGCCAUGGAUGAGUCUGGGACUGAAGAAGAGGGUCACAGCGGAGUGCCACCAUGUUAUAGAAGCAGCUUUGCUUGGGGUGCCCUGUCUGGGGAGAGGGCUGCAUGGUCCAGCCAUUCCCCCCGUUGCCUGGCACUCCCAGCCAUGGGGAGUUGGGGAUGGCUACUUAUUGUGUGAAUUAAGGAAAUGCCCAUGCCAGGUUGGGAGUCAGCAUGGUACCUCUGUAUGCACGCCACUGCCAACACCAGCAAUAAAGGACACCGGCUACACCUGC